GAGCCGCAGCUCCCAAGAUGGCGGCGCGGUGUGCGUGAGAGCGGGCGGGAGGUGCCGCUGCGAGCUGCGCCUCGCGAGUCUGUGCGUGUGAGCCGGCGUAGCGUUGUCCUCACGGCUGCGGUGCCCUCGUGUUUUACGUGCCUUUCUCAGAAUGUCCGGGGAAAUAAAUGUCGGUUUUUUGUGUCUGUCUGUAGGGGAAAUGUUUGCGCCGUAGGACAGAACCGGCGGAGCCACAGGCACGGGGCAACGAGGAGGGUUGCUCUUUGGUUUUGUGGAGAAAAAUAGAGAACUCAGAGACAAGCGGGAUACGUUCACCGACUACCCUUCUGGUGGGGGCACGUGAGAGGAGCCAGGUUUUUCCAGGAAGAGCCAGUAUUUGUACAAAAUGUUGGAGACCCCCAUGCACAGCCCGGUAUCUCAUCAGGGCACAGUGGAGAUUGCGUGACUGCAGCUUGCCCGAGGCCUUGGAAGCUGUGCGCUAAGGUCGUGCUGAGCAGAGUGGUUCCAUGGCAGCUUCACAGUGGGCUGCCUGGCGACGGCAGCUGUCCCCAUAGGUGUCCCUCUCACUGACUGACGUACCAUGGGAGAUGUCACGGAGAAGGAGAUGGAUAACCUCACGUUCAAAAGUGACACCGUCCUUUCUGAUGUGCAUUUGCACUGUCCCAAUAGAAGUCAUCUCAUGGUACGAUUGAAUGCAGUUGGACAGCCAGUGUUCCUGUCCUAUUUCAAACUCCUUUGGAACACAGAUGAUCAGGCCUCUGAGAAAUAUGCAAGAGAAACUACAACUGAAAGAGAACUCCAGUACAGAAGUGGAGAUGAACUAACUAACAAGGAUGGGAAUAAUCUGAAAUAUGAGAAGGAAUUGAAUAGUGAAGGAAUAGAAGCUCUGCUAGAUGAGGAUGGAGACUUGGAAGUGGUCAGAAGGCCUCAAAGAGCCAGCGACUCAGAGGCAGAGGAUCUUAUGAGGGAUAGAGUAUGUCCUGUAAUUCUCAUGAAAGGAAAAGAAGAUGAUUUUGAAGAUGAAGAACAAGAAUGCACUUGCAGCAAUGUUGUUAAAAUAGAGCAUACUAUGGCAACUCCCUUAGAAGAUGUUGGUAAGCAAGUCUGGCGUGCAGCCUUUCUUCUUGCUGAUUAUAUUCUGUUUAAACGGGAUAUGUUCAGGAGUUGCACAGUGCUAGAGCUUGGAGGUGGCACAGGAAUUGCAAGCAUUAUCAUGGGAAUGAUUGCUAGCAGAGUUUAUUGCACAGAUGUUGGUGAAGAUCUUUUGGCCAUGUGUGAACAAAAUAUUGUGUUAAACAAACACCUGAUGGAACCAGAAGGAGGAGAAAUUAAAGUAAAAGAACUGGACUGGCUGAAAGAUGAAUUCUGCACUGAUCCGGAAGCUCUCUAUAGCUGGUCUGAAGAAGAGAUUGCAGAUUUGCAUGACCACUGCACUGUGAUAAUGGCAGCUGAUGUGUUCUACGACGACGAUCUGACGGAUGCCUUGUUCAGGACGCUGUAUAGAAUCACACAUAACUUGAAACAUUCUUGCACAGUUUUCCUAGCCAUAGAAAAGAGACUGAAUUUCACUUUAAGACAGAUGGAUGUUACGUGUGAAGCCUACAGUCAUUUUCGAAGUACUCUAAAUGAUUUGGAGAACCUUCAUGAUGGAAAAAUGAAAUACAGUGUGGAACCCAUUAAGCCUGAUUUCUGCCAGUUUCUCAUUUAUGAAAGGAUUGAGCAGUUGGAAUUGUGGAAGAUCAUUGCUGAUCAGCUAACGUGACAGGGACAUGAGAAAAUAGAAGACCUUAAUCUAAGGAUAAUAUUUUUGGGGGGAAUGUUUUAUUGAAAAACUUCCUGUUGGAUCUGAGUUCUCAGAAAGUAAUUCCCUGCAGAUUUGCCUUACCUCAGCAAGUCUUGUUUUUUUGGCUCUUAGAAUGUGGUUUUUUGCUUCUGUUACGAAACUGGUUAAUGUUGAUCUUCAGAGGAUGUGCUGGCUGAGAAGCUGUGGCAGUGACACAGAACUGCACGUGCCCUGGGACCGAAGAGGUAGGCUUUAGUUCUAACAAAGAGGUAUUUCGCCUUGCUCCCUGUGGCCGAUUUGUAGAUGUCACACAUGUUACUUUUUAGUUUUCUGAACUUGGAUACAGUUCUCAGUCUUACCAGAGCUGCACAUUAUUUGUAUUUAUGGACAGCUGUGAAAGAGUCUAUGGGCAAGCCCUGUUUGUCAUUCACAGACUUCCAUUUAAGCAAUCUUCAAUGCUUAUGUAUGAAUGAAAUGUAUGAAACCUAGCUCUUCAUUUUGGGUUCGUCUUAUCUGAAUCAGUCUGGCCUAGGGCAACUGUCUCAAUGGAAAGGAGGCAAGGUGCAUUUAGUUUGAGCCUCUUCAAAUGUUCUACAGAAGUCUUAGAGCUGUACUGUCCUGGUGGCAUUCUGAGGUACUCAGUGCUUGCCAGGCUGAGGAUGGGAAAGGGAAGUGACAUACUUCUCCCUCUUAAAACGUUGGAGUUCUCAGAGUGUAUAUGUGAGGCUGGGAAGAAGGUGACCCAGAAUGUCUUGCCUCUGCAAAUGGGGCUUUCAGUGCCUUAGCUUUUGGAUUAAAGUAUAACGGAUUUAUCAGUUCUCCUCUGUGUCAUUAAUGAAACCAAAAAUCAUCGUGUUUGUACUCAUUACAAAUUCUGUGCGUACUAUAGUGUUUGUGUUUAUAUCACUUGCCAUAUGUGCACUGUCACUUACAUUCUUGUGCCUGCUGGAUUCUUUAGCAUUGUGAAAAUGUUCCAGCCUGUGACACGUGGGAGUGUGUACGUCACAUUAGAAGCAUCUGGUUGUCUUUGUGAAAGUCUGUUUUACAUUUGCUUUAGUUUGGUCCUUUUAGGUCAAUUAUUUCAUAAUGCAUGAGCAUUAAGGUAUAUUUUGCACGAAGAUAUAUUUUUCUCUAUUUUUCAUGUUGCUUAAUGAGAUGAAAGGUCAUUAGAGAAAGAUGAUGGCUUUUUCCUGUGAGUAAAACCCAAGUAAAAAUUACAUUAUGUUGUUAUGUAUCUGCCUAGAUUAACAUAGAACAUUUCUCUCACAAUUCUCAUUUAAACAUCAAAGAUAAAACAAACAAAACUCCUGUAUCUUAAUCCAGAGAUUCCCAACUAGAGUUCUUAUUUCUGGUUCGUGCACUGAUUUUGACAACGCACCACCUCUCCUGUCCUGAGAGACCCCUACUAAUGAUGGAACCUAACACACUCUAAAUGUGCUCUGUGGACAUUUGGUGUCUGUUUUUAUGGACCUUUCACAGGGGUGGCCCACAGACUAAGGGAAUGAUAUGUGUAUGCACUGAAGGGUGCUGAUUAACCUGUUGGUUAGGGUGGGACCUGAGCACUACUUAAGUGUUGUGGAAUAAGGGGUGGAUAUCAUACUGUUUUUGACUGAGAUAGAGUUUAUUUUCUUCAUAGUGGCUUGGACUGUGCUGGGUUUUGAAUUUGUGAUGAAAACGAUGUUGUAACACACCAGUGUUUGAGUUGUUGCUGAGCACUGGUCAUACAGCAUCAAGGUCUCUGUUUCUGGUGAUGCCCUUGCAGGAUGUGGGUGAGGCACAGCCAGGACAGUGAACCCCAGCUGCCCAGCAGCAGAUUCCAUACCACCUGAUGUCCUGAUCAGGAAUAAAAGCUGGAGGACAGAUGGGAUGGGGGUGUCCUGGAGUUGUGGUCUUUGUCUUCCCAAGUAGCCGCUGCUCGUGAUGGACCCUUGCUGCCCUGGCUCAUAAGGAGCAGUGAUUGGAUUCCUUGUGCUUUGCUUGCUUGAACAGCUUCUGCUUUACCUGUUAAAUUGUCUUUAUCUCAAACCAUGGAUUUUUUUUUCACCUUCACUGUUCCAGUUCUCUCCCCCAUCCCACGUAAGGGGAGAGGUGAGCUGUUCUGUGGGGUGGAGUAGCUGCCAGGGUUAGACUGCAGCAGUUGGUUUGUGAUGUUAUUUACGUGGGGGGUUAACUGAAGACAACUUCUUUUGAAUGCAUCUGCAACUUAAGUAGUGUUUUGGUUUUGUGGGUUUUUUUUGUUUGUUUGUUUUUGAAGGUUCAAUAGCAAGAAAUGCAUUUGAACUGAUGUAAGAUAGUCUGUGUGGUUACAGAAACUCAUCCAGGCAAGGAGAUACUGUGGAUCUGUUCAAUGUAGAAUUCAAGCAUUUACAACUGGUUUAAAUUAGCAUCUGAAAAAACAAAAAAAAAACAUUUGUGUCUUUGGCUGAGUAACUACAACCAUCGCUGCUUUUUGUAAGUAAGCUAAAGUAGAAUUUCCUCCUAAUGCCUUGGAGCUAAUCCUGCUGUUGAAGGGAGUCUCAGGGUUCAGUGUCUGAGGCUGUAAGUAUAAACAGCAGUAGAUACAGUUGCCUUAAACCAGUUUCAGAUCACCCAAGAGAGGAAACAGUCACAAUCUGACAAUAAAGAAGAAAUUUUUUCCCCUUUCUGAGGAUCGGGGCUCCCCAAACACUACAAAAACAGUGAUCUGCAAGUAGAGAUGCUUCCCUUGCAGCUGCCAGCCCUUAAGUGAGGUUAAUGGUCCCACAGGUGAAUUGCUCCCAGCUGUGCUCCCAGGGCUGGCUACACCCCUUCCCCAGCUGCUCGAUCACUGGUUCAGGCCAUGACCCACCCCUUCCCGUACAGAGGUGUAAAGGUCAGCUUGUACAUUUGGAUACGACACGGCAGAUGAUAAGGAGUAGCCAGAAACAGGCAGUAACUAAGAGCAGGAGAGUUGCAAAGAACCUUAAGAUGCCCUGGCUUUGCAGUGGUAGUGAGAGAGAAGCACAGACUGCCCUGCCAGAGAGCUGGUAAGGGAUCACUCCUCAGUCUUGUCUGGAAUCAUGCUCUAUGUAGGUCAUGCUCAGCACAUAAAUUUACACCUUCAGCAGUCCGUUGUCUGUUAGGGUUAGAAACAGGAACUGGUUUAAUGUUAAGCAUGCAGAUCAUAACUGGAAAUCCAGCUAGUGCCUGAAAUGAUAAUACUUCUAGCACGCUGUCUGUGUUUAUAUGAUGAGGAAGGUGGUUUUUUUCCUAAUAAAGCAUGCUUAAAAAUGA